CCCCCCCACACGCACAAUAUGCACUUCACUCUCUCUGCUGACACACUCUCUCUCUCUCUCUCUCUCUAUCCCUCUCUCGCUCCUCGCCGUUAGAUGCUGGAGCGAGUCCUCUCGAUGCGCAGGGCGGCGCCACACACCGGCGACUCCGACGCCGACGCGGCCGACGAGUCCAAGACCAGGAAGCAGAACCACGUCUCCAUCCUUACCGCCAGAUUCGUUAACCACGCCACCAAGUUCAACCACUUCUGCCCCUCCUGGCCGUGGCUCCUCCUCCUCCUUGUCCUCUUCUUCCUGAUCCCUUCCCUCGUCCAACCCUUUCGCAGCCUCAUCUGCGUCGCCAACCCCUACGGCGCCGUCUCCCGCGCCCACUUCUUCGGCUUCGAUGGCCUCGAAUCUGACUUCGGCUCCCUCGGCGUUCCUUGGUGCAGAUCGAAACAUGGAAAAACGGUGGAGUGGACGUCAAAGGAUUUGCUGAAAGGAUUGGAAGAGUUUGUACCCAUAUAUGAAACACGACCAAUCAAGAACAACAUGUAUGGAAUGGGUUUUGACCACAGUUUUGGUCUCUGGUUUGUCGCUCGGUGGCUACAGCCAGACCUCAUGAUCGAAAGCGGUGCUUUUAAGGGCCAUUCCACAUGGGUUCUGAGGCAAGCUAUGCCCGAUACACCUAUUAUAUCACUUACACCCCGGCAUCCUGAGAAGUACUUGAAGAAAGGUCCUGCUUAUGUUGAUGCCAAUUGCACAUACUUUGCUGGGAAGGAUUUCAUUGAUUUUGGAAGCGUUGACUGGACAACAGUGAUGAAGAAGCAUAAGGUUACAGACCUUAGUCGAGUUCUUAUCUUUUUCGAUGAUCAUCAGAAUGAGCUAAAAAGAAUUAAGCAGGCCCUGAAAGCUGGGUUCAGGCAUCUUGUUUUCGAGGAUAACUAUGACACUGGAACCGGAGAUCAUUAUUCCUUGAGGCAGAUCUGUGACCAAUUUUACAUCAGUGGGGGCGGCCAUAGCUGCUUUAGAGACAGUGAUGAGGCCCGGAUCAGAUCGAGAAGAAAGAAAUUCUGGGAGAAGGCAGUUGAUACAGAUGAGCUGUGCAGCCCAGGUGAUGCAUGGUGGGGUGUUAGAGGUUAUGCACGAGACAACUUCAACCACACCAAUCAGCCCAUCUCUUUGACCGAGCACUUUGAGAACAGCAGGUUCGUGGAAUCGAUCCUCGAUGUGUACUGGGAGCUUCCACCGGUGGCAGGACCAUCCCUCACUCAUCAGUCACGAUAUGAUCCUGCUCGUACAGUUACUCCUAUUGUGGAAGAUGGCCGGUAUGGCUUGUUUCAGAGGCUUGGGUUAGGCAGGCUGGAUAAUUCGGUGUUUAAUGGCUAUACGCAGAUGGUUUAUCUUCAAAUAUCAGAACAUUAGUCACAGAACUGUCAAACGUAGAGGAAGAGAGUUCAGCUUUUAAAUCCUGGAGAAAUGCUUCCUGUUAAUAGUAGUCGUGAAUUUCAUUCUUUGAGUUCUGUUUGGUAUUCCCAGACUUAUUUCGGUUUUCAGAAAGGGCAGCUGUAAUGCAAUAUUCCCACUUUGUACCCGGGUAUCCACUACAAUUCUCUUUUUCUCCUUAGGCUGAAUGGAUUAGAUGGACAGAAUGCGGCUACGUUAUAGUUGGUUCCUGUCAUACAGCAUAACAGUGGACAAGCCUUAAGUUUCAUGGCA